CCGGGCCGCGCCGUGCCCGCGCCCGUGCCCGCGCCCCCGGGCCGGGAGCCGUCCCCGCGCGGUUGUGGCAUUAUUUAAUUAUCUCCGCUUUAUUCCUUCCGAUGUUUAUCAGCUGCUUUGCAUAUCACGUGGGGGCGGGCGGCCCAAUGAGGGCCCGCCUGGCGCGACACUGGCGCGUCAGCCUUGGUCAAGUCCCGGAGAUUUAGUAUCUCUUUUUUCAGUCUUUGGGGCUUUUAAAAAAGAGCCACUAGUCUCAAUGCGGAGCGGGCUAUGACAGCCUCCGUGCUCCUCCACCCCCGCUGGAUCGAGCCCGUCAUGUUCCUCUACGACAACAGCCUGGAUGAGAUCAAUAAGAACAUGGACGGGUUUCACGCCGGCAGCAACUUCGCGGCGGCGGCGGCGGCCAACCCCUGCCGCAACCUGAUGGCUCACCCCGCGCCCCUGGCCGCCCCCAGCGCCGCCGCCUACACGUCGAGCGAGGCCCCCGCCGCCGGCAUGGCCGAGCCCGCUGUCAAGCAGUGCAGCCCCUGCUCGGCCGCCGUGCAGAGCUCCUCCGGCGCCGCGCUGCCCUACGGCUACUUCGGCAGCGGCUACUACCCGUGCCGCAUGACCCACCACAACGCCAUCAAGUCCUGCGCCCAGCCCGCCUCCACCUUCGCCGACAAGUACAUGGACACGUCGGUCUCCGGCGAGGAGUUCACGUCGCGGGCCAAGGAGUUCGCUUUCUACCAGGGCUACGCCGCCGGGCCCUACCAGCCGGUGCCCGGCUACCUGGAUAUGCCCGUCGUGCCCACCAUCGGCGGCCCCGGCGAGCCGCGGCACGACCCCCUCCUCCCCAUGGACAGCUACCAGCCCUGGGCCAUCACCAACGGGUGGAACGGGCAAGUGUACUGCCCCAAGGAGCAGAGCCAGCCGCCUCACCUCUGGAAGUCCACCCUCCCGGACGUCGUUUCGCAUCCCUCCGAUGCGAACUCGUACAGGCGGGGGAGGAAGAAGCGAGUGCCUUACACAAAGGUUCAGUUAAAAGAACUCGAAAGGGAAUACGCUACAAAUAAAUUCAUAACCAAAGACAAACGGCGGAGGAUAUCGGCGACCACGAAUCUGUCAGAGAGACAGGUCACAAUCUGGUUCCAGAACAGAAGGGUCAAAGAGAAAAAAGUCAUCAACAAAUUGAAGACGACCAGUUAAUGGAUUAAAAAUGGAGAAGCAGCAGCUCGAAAGUUUCAGAACUUUUUUUUUUGUUGUUCAGAUUAAAGUAAUUAUUAAUAAUAAUUAAAAAAGAAAAGACAAUGAACCUCUUCUUUCAGAACAAGAGAUCUGUAUCCUUGGAAUUAUAGCAUUUUUUAAAAUAUUGCUGUAGCAAAUGGUUAAAACUGACAGUUCUCCUGAAAUCCCAAGCAGACAGUGUAACUGACAAACUGUAAAGCCCACAUGCCCAGCCCCGAGAGAUACACUUUCAAUUAAGACACACAGUUUUCUGAGAAACUUGUAAGUACUUCUAUGACCUUACUAUUUCAGAACACUCUUCGUGGCCACGAUGUGAGAGCUGGUUGACGUGAGGAGGUCGAUGUGUACACAUAAGCUUGUUUUCUUCCAUUGCAAUCCAAACUGUAUGUUGAAUGACUGCUCAGGUAAACCAUAGUGAAAAAAAAAUGUACAAUUACUGUAUGUUUUUAAGCAAUGCAUUUAAUGUAAAAAAAAAAAAAAAAAAAAAAAGUAAUAAUAAACCUCGAAGGUACUGAAUAAGGAUUUCAGAGACAUCAGUAAUGAAGGAAGCUCUGUGGAGGAUCUAUCCUGAUAGCAAAUUAGAAACAUCGCAAACUAUUGGGGAUAGAAGGGAAAAUAUUUGCUUGGAGAUAUCUGUUGGUUUUAAUUUUUAUUUUCAAAAGAUGAUUUCUUGUCAUCUUUUUUUUUUUUUUCUCCUGCAGACCGUACAAUAGAUACUUUUUAAAGGACUCUGCCUAUUUUAAACCUCAAACUAUCUUCAAGAAUUAAUAUUUUAAGUCCCCGGAAAUUUUUUAAAUGUUUGACUCUGGGUGGAUACAAAAACGUGAGCAUUGGCAUUUCUUCAUAGUUAAAAAAUAUAUAUAUAUCCCUUUCUGGAAAAAAAAAUAUCCGAGAACUUCGAACUGAAAUACAUUUUUCCCCAGAAGUAUUUUGAUUUAUAUAAUCUAUAUUUUGAUCUAUAAGUAAUUAGUCGUUUCUCCUUGUUUAUUGUCUGUUAUGAGGCCGCAGUAGAACGUUUAGGGAUUCUUUUUACAGCACCUUUUAAUCCAAUCAGUUAUUUCAACCAGCACAUUAUUUUGUUUUUAUUCACUAUAAGAAGCUAUCUUGUAAAUAAUAAAAAAAAAAUCAGCGCACUGU